AUGUCCCGCGAAUCCGAUAUCGUACCGUUGAUCGGCCAUUGCUUUCCAUAUGUAGCCAUCAUGCUCUAUCAUACUCGACGGCAGGUUCGAAUUUAUAGCACGACAUUCUCCAAGCACAAAGCCUUUCUCUUCAUACAUAUUGGUACUGGAAUCAUGGAAUUGGCUCGCUACCACAUCUCGAAAGCUGGACUUGGCAAUGACGAUGUCCUCCCUGAGGUAAUAGACGUGCUAUCUUGUCUCAUCUGGUCUUGGGCCAGUUUGGUUCUUGUGAAGACGCUCCGUCGCGGCGAUCCACUUACAACUCGGCCGCCUUAUCAGGCUGGUGCAGUUUUGCGCCCGGCCAUCUGCAUCGCAUCGUACAUACUCCAAUUGCCCAGCCUACACAGAAUAUCUAUAUCUGCGCUCGACAGCUUCGUUUAUGCCCGAAUGGCGAUUUUUUUCUUCACCUACACGCCAUAUCUACGGGGAUACUCGUACAGCACAAUCUACUCGCUCUCUAUUCCACUGGCAGCUGUUCUGAGUAUUCAUGAAAGCCGCGUUCGCGGGGCAUCCCUAGUCUUCAUGCUUGCGAUGGCCUACGUCGCAAAAUUGAAUGAGUGGGUAACACAUAGAUCAAGGAUCCUGCAGCGAUCCGAAACCAAGUCAACUAUGGUUACGCUCGAAAAACAUGUCCUCGCCGGUCUACUGCUUCUUGGGUUCGCCGAGCUAGACAGGCUGCGAGAAGUUUCCAAGAACGACGCACUGACGAAGCCCCUCAAUGACGACUAUGUACCAAAGUUGGAACAUAUCAGCUGA